GUCCUGAGCCAAGAAUUUUGGGAUCUAAGUUCUCUAAAUUUCAAUUUCCAUCGGAAGAUCGCGAUGUCAUCAAGUUUUUUAAAGAUUUACCUGCUUGCAAGUGGUCGUUGGGGACCUAUAUUAAUGAAAUUAUCGAAGGACCAGAAAGUGAUCUUACCUUUGAUCAGCAUCUUACCAACUUCGUAGAAAACCUUAGAAUUAUAAACCAUAUGUUUUCCCUUCCGUUACCAAUAAAAUCGUUUAGUUUUAAUUACUUAAAAUGGUUAAAGUCAUUAUCUGGCAAGGCCGUUAUACAGUCGUGUCGGGAAUUUUUUGAUGCUAAAAUGAAUCUUGAAAAAAAGAAAAUCAUUAAUUUCGUGGUUAAGGAAUCAGUUAAUGUUACCGCACAGACAAAAGGCUUCCAGAACAUUUUACAACAUUCUGUUCUAUCAGGAGUAGAAGCACUGCCACCCGAAAUGCUAGAAGAUAUCUAUUAUGUCACAAGUGAUAACAAUGAUGACGAAGAUACAGAUGAUGAUCAUAUUUCUUAUCUGAAAGAACCCGAGUAUUUUGACAAGCUUGUUAAUAGCGUAGAUUUAUCCUACAUUGCAAAAGAAGAAGAACCAAUAACAGCAUCCUCAACAUCUACAAUUCCAAUAAUCACUACCUGGGACUCCUUUAUAAUAGAUGAUUUUGACAUUUUGAAAGUUUUUAAUUGUUUACGUAAUUCGUUACCCAAAAAAAGCCCUGAAGUCCAUCCACAAUAUUGGGGUGUAAUGGAUUUAACGGGACAACACAUACCAACCAAACAAAAAUUAAUAAAAAAGUGGAACGAACUUGUAAAUAAUUUUAAAUCUGACAUUGCAUGGAGUAUGGUUGAACUUGAACAGUUCGAAACAAACUUUUUUGACAAUAUUGAG